AUGUGCAAACGCUCCAUGUGUAAAAGCUCCAUGUGCAACCGCUCCAUGUGUAAACGCUCCAUGUGCAACCGCUCCAUGUGUAAACGCUCCAUGUGCAAACGCUCCAUGUGUAAAAGCUCCAUGUGUAAAAGCUCCAUGUGUAACCGCUCCAUGUGCAACCGCUCCAUGUGCAACCGCUCCAUGUGCAACCGCUCCAUGUGCAACCGCUCCAUGUGCAACCGCUCCAUGUGUAAACGCUCCAUGUGUAAAAGCUCCAUGUGUAAAAGCUCCAUGUGCAAACGCUCCAUGUGCAAACGCUCCAUGUGUAAAAGCUCCAUGUGUAAAAGCUCCAUGUGCAAACGCUCCAUGUGCAAACGCUCCAUGUGUAAAAGCUCCAUGUGUAAAAGCUCCAUGUGCAAACGCUCCAUGUGCAAACGCUCCAUGUGUAAAAGCUCCAUGUGCAAACGCUCCAUGUGCAAACGCUCCAUGUGUAAAAGCUCCAUGUGUAAAAGCUCCAUGUGCAAACGCUCCAUGUGCAACCGCUCCAUGUGUAACCGCUCCAUGUGUAAAAGCUCCAUGUGCAAACGCUCCAUGUGUAAACGCUCCAUGUGA